AUGUUUGAAAGGUUUACAAUUAGGACAACGCCAUCCGAGACAAGCCGGUUUAAAGGCGACAAACACUUCUCAUUACUUAAGAUGCUUUCUCUUGACCCCAUACAGGCGCUGAAUGCCGAAGAGUUUGCAGCCUGGGCAGGGCUAACCCUCAUUAUAUGCCUGAUGUUCUACUUGUACUCUCUUCUUAAAAGGGCCAUUAAAAAGAAGAUACUAGGCGCAAACCGAGGAAGCGUCAGCGUUGAAGAGGCACAGAAGAACAAACAGUAG